CCCGCCAUGAGGGAGCGACGGCGCGGCGGCGCCGUGGGCGCCAUGGCCGACGGCAACGCCGACUGGAUGGGCUCGCUGCCCCCCGCACUGCGCUCCCUGCCGCUCUCCAACCUCGCCAUCCCGGGAUCACAUGAUUCUUUCAGCUACUGGGUUGAUGACAAAUCUCCUGUGGGACCAGACCAAGCAACAGCCAUCAAACGUUUGGCCAGAAUUCCCUUGGUUAGAAAGAUCAUGAAGAAAUGGUCAGUGACUCAAAAUUUGACUUUCAAAGAGCAGCUGGAAGGUGGGAUCCGCUACUUUGAUCUUCGUGUAUCUUCCAAACCUGGGGAAAUAGGAAAAGAGACUUACUUCAUACAUGGCUUGUUUGGCAUCAAAGUAUGGGAUGGGCUGAAGGAGAUGAAUAGUUUUCUUGAGCAGCACCCUAAGGAAGUAAUCUUCUUGGAUUUCAAUCAUUUCUAUGCCAUGGAUGACAGCCAUCACCACUUCUUGAUCAACAGGAUCCACUCAGCAUUUGAAUCCAAACUUUGUUGUGUUGAAUGUGUAGAAUACGUGACAUUACUGUACAUGUGGGAGAAGAAACACCAGGUUCUCAUAUUUUACCACCACCCUUUGUAUCAGGAAUAUCCCUUCCUGUGGCCAGGUUAUAAAAUUCCAGCACCAUGGGCUAAUACAACUAAUGUGCACAAACUGCUACAGUUUCUGGAGACCACACUUGGGGAACGAAGUCGUUAUGGGACUUUCCAUGUGUCUCAAGCAAUUCUCACACCUCGAGUGAAAACGAUUGCACGGCAUCUAAUCCGUGGUCUAAAGAACACACUUGUUCAUAGGAACCUGCCGAUGAUUUUGAAUUGGGUGAAAGCACAGAAGCCUGGUGUUAUGGGUGUUAACAUAAUUACAUCUGACUUUGUGGAGCUGGUUGACUUUGCUGCUACAGUUAUUGCACUGAACGACCUCCUUUUGGAAGAGGAUGAAUCUGCAACUUAA